AGACGCUGGGCGAGGAGUAUGUCAGCAUCAUCCAGGUGGACCCCAGCAAGAGAAGAAUCCCCUCGCGGAUGCGCAGAACCGCGCUCAUCGUCUGCCACACAAUUGUGCCUUAUCUUUUGGACAAGGUCUUGAUCUGCAUUGAGAAUGAGCUGGAAGCAGAAGCACCUCAGACGAGCAGAACCUGGAGGCCGUUAUCACAUGUGCGGCUGUGGAUUCAGAGAGCAGUAGGGAUGCUGACGGAGUCCCAGAGGAAGGCUCUGAUUCCGCUCGUAUUUGCCCUGCAGCAAGGGAUCACACUGCUGUACAGACUACAUGUGGCCCUCUUUUACAUCACUGGAGCCUUUUACCACAUUGGCAAAAGAACUGCGGGUGUCAGUUAUCUGAGAGUGGGAAAUGUGGCUGGCGAUGACCCACGGAUCAGUAACAGUUACCGUCUGCUGGGGGCUCUGUCUCUUCUGCAGCUGGGCAUCACUCUCACACUGCAGUUUAACAACCUCAGGCAGAGACAGAGAGCUCGACACGAGUGGAAACAGCACAGAAACCUGCUCCCCAGUCAUCAGGUCAGCCAGUCGUCGUCUCGUUCCUCGCGCUGUGUCUUGUGUUUGGAGGAGCGCAGGAACACCAGCAGCACUCCCUGUGGUCAUCUCUUCUGCUGGGAGUGCAUUACUGAGUGGUGCAAUACCAAGACUGAAUGCCCGCUGUGUCGAGAGAAAUUCCAGCCUCACAGAUUGGUUUUCCUGAGAAACUACAACUAGACCGUGGGAUGAUCAAGACUAAGAGAAUUUAACUCUGUUUGCAUUAGUUUUUAACAAUUGCAUGAUGUGGAAAUGACUGUGUAUUUUGUACAAAAUGCACAAAAGAAUACAAAUUUAUUCCUGUAAUUUAAUUUGUUGAUUAUGCAGAUUAUUUAAUGGCAAUUGUAACAUUCCUCAAAUAAAAUAAGUCUGUAAUAUUUUUUUAUAGAACUUGGUGUUUGUAUUGCUUCACACAGUUUUACAUCUCUUUCAUCACGCAUAAAACUCAUCAUAAAGAUGAGACAAUCUACUGAAAACAAAUUGCGUGUGUCAUUGUUCGAUGACAACUUC